UUCCUUAUGUCAUGUUAAUUGAGUGAGAAAGAUUUGACUGAAGACUUUGAAAAAAAAUUAUUGUUUCAGUAUUUUCGAUUGAAAUUUGGGCUUUGCAUAGCGUGGACCUGAAUUUUAGUCACCAAUACGUGAAAAUGGACGAGCUAAGAGCAUUUUUCAAUAAUCCUUGUCCAUCGAGCUCUCAAGUUACAAAACUACGUGGGCCUCUGACCGGAGGGUUUCGGAUCACGAAAGAAGACACUAUAAAUGAGUUGAAUAGGAGAGAAGAACAUCGUCGGACCCAGGUUCUAAGUGGUACUGAUUAUGCUAGAGAAGUCAAGGAAAGAGAAACACAAACGUAUCUCAAGAAUGAGACAGAACGUGAACAAUGGCAAAGCAUAUCAGGAGGCCUGGAAUCUUUGGAGCAUUUGUCAUCAUGGGGGGUCUCUCUGCAGAAUUUUGCAGAACUUACCGAGGAUGCUAUGACUGAAGUUUACAAUAAAUAUUCCUUCCAGAGGAAAGAGGAUACCAACAACUUGGCUAUCAAUGAAUAUAAGCAACAGAUUCUAGACAGAAUAAGAGCCUAUCCAGUUGUUAUAGUGGAAGGUCCCACUGGCUGUGGAAAGACAACACAGGUUCCACAAUGGAUUCUCGAUGACUGCUACCAGAAUAGAAGACCAUGCAAGAUCAUAGUGACACAGCCGAGGAGGAUUGCUGCCAUAUCUAUAGCCAAAAGAGUUGCACAGGAACGAGGGUGGGAUGUUGGAGGCCUAGUUGGCUAUCAAGUGGGGCUGGAAAAUAGAACAACAUCAGACACCCGCAUACAUUAUGUCACUACAGGAAUCUUACUUCAGAAGCUAGUGGCUGCUAAAAAUAUGAAUGAGUACUCACACAUAAUACUUGACGAGGUACACGAAAGGGGACAGGAGAUGGAUUUCCUUUUGCUGGUUGUGAAGAAACUCCUCUAUACAGUGUCUCCUGGGGUGAAAGUUGUGCUCAUGUCUGCCACAUUUGACCGCAAGGCCUUUGCCGACUACUUCCUCAUCCCCACUCCUAAAGGGCUUCUCAUGUCGUCUUGCAUUAAAGUGGUGAAGAAUGAUCCAAUAUUCAGCGUGAAGACUUUUUAUCUCAAUCACUUGAAUAAAUUUGGAGCUAUACUUCAACAAGCGACGCCGCGGAAUGGAGAACCAGGCAUUGCACCUGAAAUGCAUCAUCUUGUUGUGAAGUUGAUGCAUGCAUUCGAACAGAUAGAUAAGAACGAGGAUAAUUAUGAAGACCGUAAUGUGGCAGACCUGGCUUCAGUGCUCAUCUUCCUGCCCGGUAUCAAUGAGAUUGAGGAUCUGUAUGGAUGUUUGACAGAUGUCGCCUUGAGGCAAAAGCUAACAGACGCCGAGAGCGCCAAAUACAAAUGGUGGGUGUUGCCGCUACACUCGACCAUCACGGCGGACGAGCAAGUGCGCGUAUUCCAGCGGGCGCCGCCCGGACACCGCAAGAUUAUACUCGCCACCAACAUCGCCGAGAGCUCCAUCACCGUACCUGAUAUCAAAUACGUUGUGGACUAUUGUCUGGUGAAGAUGCUGAUAGCGGACGACCAGACGAGCUUCACGUCUCUGCAGCUGAGCUGGGCCGCCAAGACCAACUGUGAGCAGCGGGCGGGGCGCGCGGGCCGCGUGCGGGACGGGAGGGUGUACCGGCUGGUCACUGACAAGUUCUAUAACAACCUGAAUCAGGACUGCCCGCCGGAGAUUGUCCGCUGUCCGCUGGAACGCCUGGUGCUUCUAGCGAAGAUGCUGGACAUGGGGCCCCCGAGUGACGUGCUGGCCCUGGCCAUGAACCCGCCGGACAUGUCGAACAUACACCGCACUGUGCUCGUCUUGAAAGAGAUCGGCGCGCUGAAAAAGACAUUGGACGAUGAUUGGUGUUCAUCAGACGGUGACAUCACAUACUUGGGUCGCAUCUGCGCUAAACUACCGCUAGACGUCAAAGUGUCCAAGCUUAUUAUACUUGGAUAUAUCUAUGGGUGCCUGGAAGAGAGCAUUAUUAUGGCUGCCGCCAUGUCCGUAAAGAACAUCUUCAGCAGUCCGUUCCGCGAGAGACUCAACGCGUACAACUCCAAGCUGACGUGGGCCGACGGUUCCAUGAGCGAUUGCAUAGCAUUCUUGAACGUCUACAAGGUAUGGAACCACCUCCGCAAGCAGAAAUACUUCAAACAACAAGGAAACGACGAAGCGCAAUGGGCGCGCCGCUUCUACGUGCAAGUGCGGGCUAUGAAGGAGUUGGACGAUUUAGUGCGAGAGUUGCGAAUGCGACUGUCCAGGGAGGGGAUUGAGCCCCUCAAGGGGAACUCGCCAUGGGACAAACAUGAGAUUUCAUUGGUGUUGAAGGUGAUUGCAGCGGGUGCGUUCUACCCGCAAUAUUUCAUACAAGUGUCCGCGAACGAAGAUCGAGAACGCGAAGCUGUGCGCAUGCUCAGCGGCCUCAAUCCCAGGAACACGGUGUUCCUGAAGGAGUUCCCCCCUCAGCAGCCGGGCGCGGUGUACGCGUCGGCCGUGCAGCGCGCCGUGCGCGCGCAGCUCGGCCACGAGCCGCGCGUCUCCGUCGACAGGAACAGCAGAAAAGUAUUCCUCACAUUCUCGGACAACUUGGGUUCCAAAAACGAUAAAAACAGUGGUGAUCCUACAAUUCCUGGACAAGUGUUGCUACCUGUGUACAAGGCGAUCAAAGCUAGGCAGCUGAGAAUGGAUAUCAGGAUUCCGUUACUGCCACUGGAAAAGGCGAAUGCGUUGAAUUCGAUGUUGGAAGCCAGCAAGAAUACCAAGGACAUCGACAAAAUGGUCCCGAAACUGCCUGAAUUGGAUGAAACUUAUUUCCCACUCAAGAUAUCGCACCUAUACAACGUGGGCAAGUUUUGGGUCCAAUAUGACGAUGAAUCCACGGCCAGCGAUCUACGUCAGAUACACAACGCUCUGAACAACUCCAAAUUGUUGGCGCACACGAGCGAAAUCCGUCCGGGCGAUAUGUUCGCCGCGCCGUAUGUGGACUCUAGUGGAACAUCUAUGCAUCGAGCUAGAGUGCUGAAGACCUUGCCGAGGGAUAUGCUUGAGGUUCUGUACAUAGACUACGGCAGCUUCGGACGCGUGAACCGGUGCAACUUAUACAUUCUCCCGUCAGGCAUGUGCCAGGACACGGCGCCGCUGGCCAUGCAAUGCGUUCUAGCGGAGAUCGCGCCGUCGCCACUGCUGGAGCCGCAUGCGCAGUGGACCAAGGCCGCCGUCAUGAUGUUCCAGAGAUUGUGCGCCAGGGGCCGGAUGCUUGGGAAGGUGUAUUCAGUGACCCAUGGCGUGGUCUCCAUCGAACUUCUGGCCGAAGGCGGCAAGAUCAGCGUCAAUAAGGAACUGUUAAAGGGAGGUUAUGCUAUUCCGUGCGAGGAGAGCUAUGAUUCUAAGAUAAACCACGAUCUCCGUGAAAUGGCGACAGAGCUGGACAUGAAACAGAAGCGUGCGUACAACAAGGAGCAAACAGAACUGGCGUUCUAUCAACUGAGGGAGCUAGAGCCUCCUAAGAACCAGGAUUGUAUCUCAGAGGCAUGUCUCAAGGGGCCGUUCAGCCCGUUGGAGACAUCGCUGCACAAUUUGAUGUACGCUAGUCGCGAAAAAAGCAUACAAGUUGAGUGGAACUCGGUCAAUUCGGUGCUUCUGGAUACAGACCCGCAGGAAGUGUACGAGAGGUUGGUGGUGGCGGCGGACGUGGGACAGAACCAAUCCAGCAGCAAGCUGACACUGCGCCACACCACGCUGAUGCCGAACAUACCCGGUCUACCCGCCAUCAUUGCCCUUCUGUUUUGUCCUGUUGCGGAGUUACGUCGUGAUUCAGAAGGCACCCGAUACGUGAGCGUGCUGUGCGGUCUGGGCAGCACCGAGGACGGCACUCCUUUCUUCCCUGAACACGACUUGCUGGUCAAUGUCGACGCCGAUCUCACCGUUGAAGAUAUUGGCUUGAUUAACCACGUUCGUCACUUGAUGGACUACAUGAUGUACUGUGGCGACGGUCAAGAUCAACCUACCGCUGACGAUGAGUUCCGACCGCAAGUGCCCGCCGUCAUCAGAAAGGACCUCAUGAGCUUACUAAUGAAGCGGCGCAAACACCGCGAGCCUCAAACGGUGAUCAACGCGUGGGAAUGGCGCACGGUACAGGAAGAGGAGCUGCUAGAGAUAACGGAGCCCGAUAUGGUGGAGCGCGCGGUGGUGUUCCCGCUCCACACGCCGCAGGAGCUGCGGCCCGUGUCGCACGAGCGGCUGCUGGCGCUCAAACAGGAGAACGACCAGCUCAAGAUGUUGCUCUCCAGGUCAUCUAUAUCAGCGAAUACGGACCUCGUGUGCAAGCUGUGCAGUACAGCGCCGAUGCCGAUGCAUGCGAUGCGAAUCCACAUACAUUCCAACGGACACAAAGAGAAGGAGGAAGACUUCAAAAUGUUCCAAUCAUAAACUGGUACAUCAUUCCUUUAGUAUUUUUUUGUUACUUAUUUUUUAGUUUUGAUUGUAACGUAACUGAUUUGAUUUCCAGUUUAUGUAAAUCAAUUGCCCAUACUAUUAUUUUUUCAUUAACAAACGAACUUUUAUAAAGUUCAUGCCAAAUCAGGAGGAUACUCGUUGCAGUCGUUAAUUCAAGUAGAUUUGUCGUUAGUUAUAUGUUACUGAAUACUCGAAAAAGAUCUCAAUUCUAUGAAAAUUUAGGGUGCUGUGCCAAGAAUUGCUAGAUUAAGUUUAAUGUAAAUGUCUAUUUUCUUAAAUGUAAUUACAUACAUGACUAUAUAUGUAAAUUUCUUAAAUGGUUAUAAUUAUCGAUGGUUGUAAUUGAGAAGAAAAGUACUUUAAACAUUUAGAAUUUAAGGAAUCAAAAUUAUUUCUAGUACACACAACUAGUGUUUGUCAUAGAAAACCGAAGUCAUAUGUUUUGGUCAAACUGUUGUUAUCUUCACGUAAGGUAAUUCUGGAGUCGUAGAAUUUAAGGAAUCAAAAUUAUUUCUAGUACACACAACUAGUGUUUGUCAUAGAAAACCGAAGUCAUAUGUUUUGGUCAAACUGUUGUUAUCUUCACGUAAGGUAAUUCUGGAGUCGUAGCGAUUUAAGAGUUGCGUUUUAGUAAAUAAGGCUGUUAUUCUUACCUGAUUUUGAUCUGACACUCCGUUCUGUUUAUGUUUUUGCUGAUUAAUAAAAAAAGAGAUUAAAAGAU